UCUUUGCUCAGGAGCCACCGCAGCACACCAAAACCUCCAUUGCCAGAGAUGGGUGCAGAUAUAAGGAAGCAACUCCAAGCUUGCCCAGAGCAGCUCUCCUAGGACCCGAUUCUUUUGCACCCCUCGAGACCAAACUGAGCCUGGCGUCGUGUUCUGUGAAACUUCGUACUCAGAAGCAGUCAGUUCUUGCGUCCAAUAACUUUAUCUCUGCAUCUCAUCUUGGUAGGGCAUUGAUCCAGUCUACACAUGGAAAUCAUUAUCUUCUAUUCAAGUUAAGCAAACAACAAAUAAAGUCACACCAGAUCUCCAGUUCAAAAAGGACAGAAGUGCAUUUGGGGUUCCUCUAGAAACUCUCAUACAGGAUGCAGCACAAUGUGGCGUUCCCUUUCUUGUGACACAGAUGGUGGAAUACCUGGAAGUAUUUGGUCUGGAGCGUGUAGGUAUAUUUCGAAUCAGUGGCUCAGUGAAUAAAAUCAAGGAAUUGAAGCAGAAAUACAAUCAAGGAGAAAAAGUAGACCUUAUUAACGAUGGAGAUGUUGAUUCUGUUGCCAGUCUACUGAAACUCUUUCUGAAGGAACUCCCAGUGGCUGUUUUUCCAGACCACUUAUGUGCUGGCUUUCUAAAAACUUUCCAAGAGCACGAAGUCAACACAACAGAACGUAUAAAGAAUCUGAGAGAGUUACUCAGCAGCCUGCCCAAAGCUCAUCUCAGCCUCCUUCAGUUCCUGGCUACUUUCCUGUUAAAGAUAUCAACAUACAGUGCAGUGAAUUUCAUGACUCUGGAAAACCUAGCCAUUGUGUUUGGGCCCACUCUUUUUAAGAUCCCAGCAAGUCCCUUGGCUUGGGAAGAACAAAGGCUUUACAAUGGCUUCCUGCUGUAUUUGCUUCAACACUAUGAGAUGUUUUUUGUUGACUUGAACCCUUGUUUCUCACUGAGACAAGCAGAUGACCCUCAGAAAGGUAACACAGAAGAUGCAGACAGAAAAAGACACGUGUUAUUAAGGUAG